GGGCUGGGCCUGGGCCUGGGCCUGACGUCGGAGGGGACGGUGGGGUAGAAGGUUGGGCCCCGCCACCGCUGCGGCCCCUCAGCCCCGGGGGAGCCGAGGCUGCUAACACAAGCCGGGACCGGAGGCGGAUCUAUCCGUAUGCAAAUUGCACAAAGAUGGACAGUGAGGUGCAGAGGGAUGGAAGAAUCCUGGAUUUGAUUGAUGAUGCAUGGAGAGAAGAUAAAUUACCCUAUGAGGAUGUAGCAAUACCAUUGAAUGAGCUUCCUGAACCAGAACAAGAUAAUGGUGGCACAACAGAGUCAGUAAAAGAACAAGAAAUGAAAUGGACAGACUUGGCUUUGCAAUAUUUGCAUGAAAAUGUUCCCCCAAUAGGAAACUAGAGAAUCAGUGUUAUUUCAUGGAAUGAUUUCAAUACAAGAAGAUGUUUUCCAGCAUAUCUUCACCAUCUCCUGUCCAACUGCUUAAGAAGGAGUCAAAUCCUUUAAAACCCUUCUAGUCUCAAACAGCUGCACUACUCCACAAAAGCAAAAUAUAGUUUAAAAGGCCCCAUAUCACCAAUGUAAAAUAACUGACAUCCUAAAGCUGCGGGGAGAUAGAAUGCUUUUUCAUUUACACAAAAAUAUUUGGAGUCCUGUUGUGUUGACAUCUUCUUUAUAAGUUCAUCUUAAUUGUCUUUUGCAUGUGCUCAGAGAGGUAGUUAUCACUACCUGAAAGCUGAUCAUUGAUCUCAGAAGUGAUUUGGUGAAUAUUUGUGGUUGCUUUGAUGUUUUAUAGACCCAAAGCUAUUCUUUUAUGUUUUGAUGUUACUGUUAGUUGCUCGGGUUUUGCACCAUGAUCUCUAUGAACCAACUUUUACUGCCUUUAACUUGCCUGUGACACAGGAAGAGAGACAGAGAGAAAGGUUAAUGAACAGGAUUAAGGAACUGAAAUUUUGUCUGUAAACACAAAUGAGACUGGGAAAGAUGUUCUUUAUAAAGUAAGCAGUCUUGGAAUUUGCCUAUUCUGGUUAGAGCACAUUCCCAACACGGACAUCCUGUUGUCUGUUUGCUAACCAGCAUACUGUAAAAGAACAGUUUAUAUUAAAAGACUUUGUUAGUGGUGA